AGUCUGUAACCAUGACUGCUGAGGUUAUGGCUCAAGAGGAAACCCAAACAGCUGAGGUUGUUGCUGCUUCUGAGCCCCACAAAGUGGAGAAGGUUGUUGAAGAUGUGGCACCAAAGGAAUCAGUGGAAGAACCCAAACCCAAAACUGUUGAGAAAAGCUCUUCCUACAAGGAAGAAAGUAACUUCCUUUCUGAUCUGAAAGAGUUCGAAAGGAAGGCUUUGAAUGAGUUCAAGUCAAAGAUUGAGGAAGCUAUCUUCGGGAAUAACCUGUUUGAGAAAGAAGAGCCAAAGAAGAAGGAAGUUGAGGAGAGUGAGAAUGUGGAAGUGAAGGAAGAUGAGGAGAAAAAGGUUGAAGUAGAGAAGGAUGUGUCUCUUUGGGGAGUGCCCCUUUUGCCAAGUAAAGGAGCAGAAGGUAAUGAUGUGGUUCUGUUGAAGUUUUUGAGGGCUAGGGAGUUUAAAAUCAAUGAUGCAUUUGAGAUGCUGAAGAAGACCCUUAACUGGAGGAAGGAAUCAAAGAUUGAUUCUGUUUUGGAUGAGGAUUUUGGAUCUGAUUUGGCUUCUGCAGCUUACAUGAGUGGUGUUGAUCAUGAAGGCCACCCUGUGUGCUAUAACAUAUUUGGUGCCUUUGAGAGUGAAGAGCUUUAUCAGAAAACUUUUGGGAAUGAGGAGAAGCGAAGCGAGUUUUUGAGAUGGAGGUGCCAGUUGAUGGAGAAGGGUAUUCAGAAGCUUAAUUUGAAGCCAGGUGGUGUGUCUUCCUUGCUUCAAAUCAAUGACCUUAAGAACUCUCCUGGUCCCUCUAAGAAGGAGCUUCGAAUUGCUACAAAACAAACUGUUGCAAUGUUGCAAGACAAUUACCCAGAAAUGGUGGCGAAAAAUAUUUUCAUCAAUGUUCCUUUCUGGUAUUAUGCUCUCAAUGCUCUUUUGUCUCCUUUCUUAACCCAAAGAACAAAGAGCAAAAUUGUGGUUGCUCGUCCUAAUAAGGUCACUGAAACACUAAACAAGUACAUUCCAAUUGAGGAGAUCCCAGUUCACUAUGGGGGUUUCAAGAGGGAAAAUGAUUCUGACUUUUCUGCCCAAGACGGUGCUGUUUCAGAACUCAUUCUCAAGGCUGGAUCAACAGCGACAAUUGAGAUUCCUGCAUUGGAGGUUGGAAAGGCUUUGUGCUGGGAUUUGACUGUUCUGGGUUGGGAGGUAAGUUACAAGGAGGAAUUUGUUCCAACUGAUGAGGGUUCAUACACAGUCAUUGUUCAAAAUGGGAAGAAGAUGGGUUCACAAGAAGGGCCUAUUAGGAACACUUUUAGGAACAAUGAAUCAGGGAAAGUUGUCCUUACUAUAGAGAACACAUCAAAUAAGAAGAAGAGGGUACAAUACCGUUACAAGAGCUCUUUCUAA